AUGGAUUACUCUAGCUCUGGGACUUGGCCUUCUCAGGUGCCGGCACCAGAAAAGUCUAGCCAGCUGUACAUUCGAGACUACCCUCAUCGCUCCAUCGCAAUAGUUUCGUCCUCCCAUGCUCUCAUAUUUCGCUACAGCUCCUCCAACGCCGGCGCAAACGGCUCCCUUACUUCCCUCGCAUCCACCCGCUCACGACCCAACGGCGACCCUGCUGCCUCGAAAUGCAUGGUAGAGUUCACUCAGAUCACAAAAAAGACGCUCGCCGAAUACCGACCGCUGACCCCACGACCCAUCUUUGGAACGUUGGGUUUGAUCUCUGUAGAGGGCGACGUGUUCCUUUCCGUUGUGACACAUGCCACAAGAGUCGCUACCCUUAGGCCGGGGGAGACCGUGGAACGGAUUGCGAGCGUUGCAUUCUUCUGCCUCAACAGAAGCGAGUGGGACGAUGUUGUCUCUCUCGAUCCUCUGGAUUCCGAGGUCUCGGAUGCCAACUCUGUAUAUGGCCAGAACCUCAGAGGGCGGGAGCUUCAGGUAGAACAUCCUUGUACGGACCUUCGGAAACUUCUGGGAAAUGGUACAUUCUACUACAGCACCGACUUCGAUCUCACAAACAGGUUGCAAGAUAGGACCGUGAAUUCUUAUACUUUUGACAUUGACAACUUUGACGAUUCUUUCCUGUGGAACUCGUAUAUGAUCAGCCCAUUGGUCCAAUUCAGAUCGCGACUGCAGCCCCAGGAGCGCGAAGCUUUGGAUUCAUCACGGUUCCUCACAUCUGCUAUCCGUGGGUUCUGUCGGACAAUGGCCAUCCCCCAGACGAGCGCUCCUCUAAAGACACGAUCAACCGGACUACCAUCGUACUUGACUGUUGUAUCAAGACUCUCUUGUCGCAGAGCGGGAACUCGAUUCAACUCCAGAGGUAUUGACGACGACGGCAAUGUGGCAAACUUUGUCGAGACAGAAACCAUAUACUGGAGCCCCGGCGGGACUCUCUUUUCCUAUGCUCAAGUCAGAGGUUCAGUUCCUCUGUUUUGGGAACAGACCGCGGAGCUCAUCCCUGGCAAGCAAAACAUCACCGUUAUCAGGUCCCCCGAGGGAGCCCAGCCGGCCUUCAAUAAACACUUCGCGGACCUUGAGCAAGCCUACGGCGCCGUUCACGUGGUCAAUCUUUUGAGUGAAGGCAAACCUGGCGAGGCGCAGCUCAGUCAGCUGUACCACCUUGGGGUAGAACAUUGCCCAUUAAGCCAGGUCGGGGAGCACGAGUCGCAAGACCAUGCGCUGUUGAGAGAGACUCACUACGACUUCCAUGCCGAGACGAAAGGCCCUGGAGGGUACGAGGCUGCGCGCCAGAUCCGCAGAUACAUUGAGAACUCGAUAGACGGCUUCGCCUACUACCUGGCGGAGCAGAGCGAAGACUUAGGCGCCGAUGCCAACGACGGCCAAGGCUCAAGCCGUAUGGUUGUGGUUCUCCAGCAAGAGGGUGUAUUCCGAACAAAUUGUCUCGACUGUCUGGAUAGGACAAAUUUGAUCCAGACCCUCAUCUCUCAGAUGGCUACGGAGGCUUUCCUGGGCCAUCGAGGCGAGUAUGCCACCUCAGACUUCUGGAUGCGACACUCGACGUUAUGGGCAGAUAACGGAGACGCUUUAUCGAAGAUCUACGCGGGAACCGGUGCGCUCAAAUCAUCCUUUACCCGUUCUGGGAAAAUGUCCCUUGCUGGAGCUGUUGCGGACAUGCGCAAAUCUGUCCAGCGUCUCUAUCACAAUAAUUUCACAGAUUCGGCUAGGCAAACGACCAUUGACCGGCUGCUAGGGCGGCUGGUCAACCAACUCCCCGUUCUUCUUUUCGACCCUAUAAGUGACUACGUUUCUGGAGAAUUGACAAAGAGAAGUGCUGAGUUCUCGUCCACACAGGACAUAAGCAUGUUGGUCGGUACUUUCAACCUCAACGGUCGCACUGAAGGCGUCGAUAGCGAUCUUGAUGCAUGGUUGUCUCCAGCAGAACUUGGCAAUGUGCAGCCCGAAAUUGUUGCUGUUGGGUUCCAAGAGAUUGUCGAGUUAAGCCCACAACAAAUCAUGAACAGCGACCCAUCAAGAAAACAACUUUGGGAAGCCGCAGUGAGAAGAUGCCUCAACAAACGCGCCAAAUCGCUUGACGGAGAGAGAUACGUAUUGCUCCGAAGUGGACAACUCGUCGGCGCAGCAUUAUGCAUCUUUGUCAAGGCAUCGGCUUUGGCCAACAUUAAGAAUGUUGAGGGAAGCGUCAAGAAGACGGGGCUGUCGGGAAUGGCCGGCAACAAAGGAGCGGUUGCCAUACGAUUUGACUAUGCGAAUACCCACAUCUGCUUCGUGACGGCCCAUUUGGCUGCCGGAUUUUCGAAUUAUGACGAGAGAAAUAGAGAUUACGCAACGAUCCACCACGGGCUGCGCUUCCAGCGGAACCGUGGGAUCGACGAUCACGAUGCUGUUGUUUGGCUGGGAGACUUCAACUACAGAAUUGGUCUCAGUUCCGAGAACGCCCGCAGUCUCAUCAAAAAGGGCGAUCUGGAGACACUUUACGAGAACGAUCAGAAGGCCCGUAUCCCAGCCUGGACCGAUCGUAUUCUGCGCAAGGGUGGGAGCCUGCGUCAAUUAGCGUACAACUCAGCCCCUCUCAAGUUCUCGGAUCAUCGGCCAGUGUAUGCUCUAUUCCAGUGCAACGUCAGUAUUGUCGAUGAAGCUUUCCGGGAUCAAAUCAGCAAAGAGCUAUACCAACGGCGAAAGGCCGAAGUGGGAGACACGACGGCGAACCUCGACUCAGAGGAAACCGACGAUGAGGAUCUGAUUGGCUAUGAAGCUAUCGAGCCUGGGCUGCCUCCUGCCAGCUCUGACCGCCAGAAAUGGUGGUUGGAGAACAAGCAGCAGGCCAGAGUUGACAUCAAGCAACCGACGGCUCCCGAGGGCCACGCCGCAAUACUCAAUCCUAAUAGGGCGCCCAAUCCUUUCACGCCGACUGGAGAGCCGGACUGGGUCAACGUACCCAGGUCAAGACUGUCGUCUUUUUCCAGCGUAUCAACUUCGCCAUACGAGCAUGUUUCUGCUCCCAAUGAUCUCUCGUCGUCAGCAACGAACCGGAUAACGAGAAAACUGCCUCCACCUUUUGAUCCGUCAGGUAUGCCAGGUAAAUUCAACGGCCUCAGCAUCAAGGAUGAAAAGUCUCAACGCGGAGAAACGCCACCGCCGCCGCCGCCACCUAGAAGACAGACGGGAGCAAGCGCCGCAAUCCAGCAUCCACCACUGAUACCCUCCAAUAAAUCGCGAAGUACGACAACGACGCCUCCUCCUCCGCGGCCGUCAUCUGCCAUUUCCCAGCUUUCGCAGAUGUCGUCGCAAUCCAAAUCCAAACCGGCACCACCCGUAGCGAAGAAGCCGGCACACCUGGUUACAGCACCGGCUGCAGCAUCUUCAUCUCUGAGUAGCAAUGGGAUGGGUCAGUAUAGAGACGAGCCGGAAGAAAAACCACCACUACCGGUCCGGGCCUCGACCGGCUUCACGAAUCUUGGUGCGAGUAGGGAAGGCACUCUGCGUAAGCCAGUAGGUACGCCAGCUAAGCCUCCCAAGCGAGCGGGGACUAUGACUAUUGAGUCCGGCAGGCACACUCCGAUGGCUGGAGCCGUCGCUCUACCGGGGAUGAGGGCUGAUGAGGAACGACCAAAACCGAGAAUCCCGGCAAAGAAGAAGGCGCCGGUGGACUUGCUAGACGCAUUGGGCGAUGAUGGACCCAACGACAUGGGAAGCUGGGAGACUUUGGUUCCCAGCUCUCAGAGAUGA